AUGGCGAAUCCAGAUUCAGGGUUACCGUCACCUUCUUCUAGCACGACGGCGGCGUUGUCUUACUUCAACGGUACUACUACGGCUGCCCCCGAUCAGCCAGGCGCAAGUGCUGCACAGUUGUCGCAUCCGUCUGCUGCCUCAGAACAGAGUCCUGUCAAUAAUCAACGUGAUCAAAUACUAUCUCCGACUCAGUCCCCUCUUCGUCCUCUUCCUACAAAACCAGCCAGCCAGCUCUCUUCUCAAGCCGCCACCCCAGCCAUGACUCAGUCUUCUACACCCGCUCUUGCGCAGUCCAAGCCCCGCAUCGUGGGUGGUUUUGAAGUUGAUGAUGAUCCCGAAGAUGAGGAAGGGACACAAGACGGAAAGGAUGAGGUUGAUGUCUACGAUCCAUCCGUGGGGCUAGACUUCGAUGUCUCGACACCUGCUCCUACCCUUGCAAAUCAAACCUCCAGUUCCCUUAAUAGAGCUUCCCAGUCACCAGAACAAGAAAAUGGAAUCACUCCUGUUCCUGUCCAGGCCACUGGUAGUCCUGCUGACGCUGACCUUUCUUCUUCCACUACUACUACUACUACUACUACUACUCUUCCUUCUGGUGCCAGUGCUGAUGUGCGUGCUGCCACUGCCACAACACCUUCUCACACAGCUCCUGAUCACCCGACUCAGAAUUCUCCACCUCGCUCGCACUCGCAUGUGAAUGCCUCUGUUGCUCCAGGCUUACCCAAGUCUCGACUAGCUCAUGAUGUGGUUGGUAUUCUGGAAGAUCGCAUCAAGGAUGACCCUCGCGGAGACAUUGAUGCGUAUCUUGAACUAAUCGACGAGUUGAAGAGUCGAAACAAGCAAGAAGAUGUCCGUCGGGUGUACGAGCAAUAUCUCAAAGUUUUCCCUCUGGCCGCCGAACAAUGGUGUGCGUAUGUGAAAUGGGAAGAGGAGCACGAUCGCAUGCGGGCCAUGGAGACCCUCUUCAAUCGAUCUCUGCUUGAUGUUCUUGAUGUGCAACUCUGGACUCUGUACAUCAACUAUAUCCGCCGGCGGAACAGUAUGCAGACGGGCGAUAUCACUCGCUCGUACACCAUCAUCAACGAUUCCUUUACGUUUGCUCUUAAGACUAUCGGCAUGGACAAGGACUCAGGUCAAUUAUGGCAAGACUACAUCAACUUCCUCAAGACUGGUCCGGGAAUUGUUGGCGGGAGUGGUUGGCAAGACGGGGCAAAAGUCGACGCUUUGCGAGAGGCGUACCAGAAAGCAAUUGCUGUUCCCACUGCGGCAACCAUGCCACUGUGGAAAGAAUAUGAUGCGUUCGAGACCGGGCUGAACAAGAUCAACGGCCGGAAAUACCUUCAAGAAAAGUCACCCGUCUACAUGACUGCCAGGACGGCAUAUACCCAGCUGCAGAACUUGACAAAGGGCCUCAAGAGGACUUCGAGGCCGCUGUUGCCACCCGCCCCAGGCUUCGAGGGUCAUGCUGAGUAUAUGCAACAAGUCGGCCUAUGGAAGCAGUGGAUUGAAUGGGAGAAAGAAGAUAACCUCGUCCUCAAAGAUGAAGACGCCACUUUGUACAAGAAUCGGAUCUUGUUCACGUACAAACAAGCUCUCAUGGCCUUAGAAUUCUGGCCUGAGAUGUGGUAUGAUGCCGUCGAAUUCUGCUUCAGCAACGGCCUUGACGCCGAUGGCACCAAGCUUCUCAACCAAGGAAUUGCUGCCAACCCAGAGUCCCCCCUGUUGGCUUUUAAACUCGCGGAUCGUAUCGAGACAUCAACCCAAAACGAUGAAAGUGCUGAUCCCGGUGCCAAAGAACGGAUGAAGAAAAUUAGAGAACCAUACGACAAACUGCUGGACGCACUCUAUGACCUGAUCAAGAAAGUGUCCCUCCGUGAGAAACAGGACAUCCAGAAGGUGGAACUCACUGCUGCCGGCAAUGGAGGAGACGGCCCGGAGGAGGACGACAUCAACGCUUCCAACGUCGCGGCCAAGAAAGCGGCCCUCGACAGCCAGAUUGACACGAUCAAGAAGAGUGCUCAAGCACAGACCGACAUCCUCAGUCGAAUGGUUUCGCAUGUCUGGAUUGCGCUGAUGCGAGCAACGCGACGAGUGCAAGGCAAAGGAUUGCCGACGGAACGAGGUCCCAGUGGCUUCCGUGCCGUCUUUGGCGAGGCGCGCAAGAGAGGCAAGCUGACGAGCGAUUUCUACGUCGAAUCUGCGCGCAUCGAGUGGCAAUGCUACCGAGAUCCAACCGGGACAAAGAUCCUCGACCGUGGGAUGAAGCUGUUUCCCGAAGACGACUAUCUCCCGUUGCAGUACGUCAAGCACCUCUUUGACAUCAACGACGUCACCAAUGCACGGGCGGUUUUCGAAACGACGGUCAAGAGACUCCUGGCUCAUGCAGACGGGGAACAUACCGCAAAGGCCAAGCCGUUGUUUGCUUUUUUGCACGACUACGAAUCCAAAUACGGCGAACUGGCUCAAGUCCAGUCGCUGGAAGAGCGCAUGAAGAAGCACUUCCCCGAAGAUCCCAUGCUCACACUCUUCUCCAGCCGAUACAACACACCCGCCUUUGAGAUCAUGAACACGCAUCCCAUCAUAUCACCCCACCAAAUGAAGCCUCCGCAGGCCACGGUCAUGCCCUCGAUCGAGGGGCCGGAAGUCGUCAACUCGCCCAUCCAAAAGGUGAUUGACGCCAUCACCACCAACUCUCCGAAGCGGCCAUUCCCGGAUGAUUUUGAGGAUGUCGGGCCACGCAAAUUGGCACGUGGUGAGUCGCCCUUGAAGGGUGCAGCGGGUCGCCGCAUGAAUCAACAGCAGCAGCAGCAGCAGCACCAGCGUCAGACCAAUCCUCCUGUCGGGAUGUCACAGUUUCAAGCUCCACCGCCCUUGCCCCCAGCAAUCGUCUAUCUUCUGAGCAUCCUGCCAAAGGCGUCGACGUAUGUUGAUGCCAGAUUUGACGCCGUGAAGAUUAUGGAGCUCAUUCGAGACGUUCGUCUACCUCCGCCCACGGCAGUUCCAGCGCAGCACAACCAGACUCCCGCCCCAGCACCUCAACCAGGGUGGCCUGGGUAUCCGCCACAUCCACCCGUGCCGAUCCCGCCACAAGGCUUCGUGCCUCCGCCGAGCGUUACACAAGGCCCAUACGGAGGAGCACCGUUUCGAUACGCCUAA